AUGCCUCAAGGAACUGGAACUCUGACAAGUGACAAAGGACGAGUCCUUGGUCAAUUUGAAGUCGAAGGCGCUCAGUAUAUUUUCGUGGGAAACCUGACUGGAUUCGGGCAGUCUUUCUCCAUUCCCAAUGCCGACGUCACCUAUGACUCAGCCGACCAAUUACACAAGCAAUCUGAAGAUUUUGAAGACCUGCCCGUAGAGAAGGACCAGAUUGAACUCAAGCUCAAGAAUGGGGUUUCGAUCACGGGCGGUUUUGAUAUGCCCUUCAGCGAUGGCGAGGUGAAGAAAGGGACCAUUGUUGGUGGUGGAGGAAAAUGUCUGCAUAUCAUGUCUUAUAACCCUAACCAACCUCCGUACGGAGGAUAUCCGCCCCAAUACGGACAGCAGGGCCCUCCUUCAGGACCUCCGCCUCAGGGUUAUCAGCCGCCUUAUGGUGCUCCUCCCCCACAGGGACACCCUCCUCCACAGGGACAUCCUCCUCCACAGGGGCAAUACCCCCCUCAACAAGGUCAUUACCCCCCGCCUCAACAGGGAUAUUAUCCUCCACCCCAGCAAGGCCAGUAUGGUGCCCCUCCUCCACAGGGAGCUCCUUACGGCGCGCCAUCUCCUCAGCCCCACGGAUACCAUGCUCCGCCCGCGCAACCUCCAUACGGUCAGCCGCCGCAUGGUUAUGCCCCUCCAGGCCAACCGCCUGCAGGUGCUCCCGGAUACCCACCUCCAGGUCAACCACCCGUCGGAUACGGCGCACCACCACCCGGCGCCUUCCCGCCCCAGGGUAUUCCAUCACGGCCGUCACCUGGCUACACCCCUGGUGAAUUAGCGCCAGGCGAUUUCCGGCCCCAAGCAGAUGCGCUUCGCAAAGCGAUGAAGGGCUUCGGCACGGAUGAGAAGGCCCUGAUCGCAGUCCUCGCGAAACUUGACCCACUCCAGGUCGCCGCAGUCCGCGACACGUAUUCCAAGCACCUCGGCCGCGAUCUGUUUAAGGAUGUCAAGUCCGAGACCGGCGGGUACUUCGGUAACGGCCUACUUGCCGUGAUCGAGGGACCGCUGAUGCACGAUGUCGAGAGCCUGCACGACGCAAUCGAUGGCGCUGGCACGAAGGAGUGGUUACUUAACGAUAUCCUACUCGGUCGGUCCAAUGCUGAUAUCACUGCUAUCCGGACCGCCUAUGAAAUGAGAUAUAAGCGUUCACUGUCUAGAGAUGUCGAAGGCGAUCUCUCUUUCAAGACCUCCACUCUUUUCGCCACUGUCCUUCGUGCUACUCGCCAUGAAGAGUCUACCCCUAUCAACCCGCAAACGAUCGAGGCGGAUAUUCGCUCUUUACAAGCUAAAGAGAGCGUCACAGAGGUGUGCGUGAUCUUUGCUCAGUCGUCUGAUGCUGAGCUCCGCGCUAUUAGCCAGACCUUCGAGUCGCGCUACCACAUCCCACUCGAGAAGCAUAUCAAAGAUAAAUUCUCCGGUCAUAUGGAAGAUGCGCUGCUGCAGAUGCUACGCUCGGCUACAGAUCCUGCCUUGCGUGAUGCUAUGCUACUCGAGGAUUGCAUGAGCGGUAUGGGCACCAAGGAUGAUCGCCUUGUUGUUCGUGCUGUCCGUGUCCACUGGGAUCGCAAACACAAGGAUAUGGUCAAGCGCGCUUACCAAAAUAAGUACAGGAAGAACGUGAUUGACCGGGUGCGUAGCGAGACUUCUGGUGAUUACGAGCGGUUGAUGGUUGCUCUUCUUGAGUAG